AUGUUACUUUUCCAAGGAGCCCUUCCAAAUCCUGGGCCUGUUAACAGAAAUGACACCCUGGCUUCUGUCUGCCGACUUCCACAAGAUGAAGGCCCAUGCAAAGCUACUACAAAGCGUUGGUCAUAUGAUGUGUCCCUCGGCAGAUGUGUCGAAUUCAACUAUGGUGGCUGCAGAGGAAAUGCCAACAAUUUCAAAAAUAGGGAUGCUUGUGAAGCGAUGUGUAGCAUUUCCGACGCUCAACAACUUCCAAACCUUGAUAUUUGCAAGCUGCCAAGGGAAGAAGGUCCGUGUCGAGGUAAAAACCAGCGUUUCUACUACAACAGUGCGUCGGAACAGUGUCUGGAAUUCAAUUACGGUGGCUGUAGGGGAAAUGCGAAUAGCUUCCUUACUAAAGCUGAGUGCGAAACUAGAUGUACUGAGGCAGCAUAA